AUGACGCGUACACUAGACCAAUUAGUGGAGGUCCUCUUGAACGAUCUUGAAAAGUCCUACGAAGAUCACCUGCUGAGGGGAACAACAGAUGGAUUAUGGAGCGGAUUAUCCUUUGCUCUUGAGCCAGUGGACACAGUGGUACGCAAGAGAGGACCAGCGUGGCUACAUUGUGUGGCUAAUGGAUAUCCGGAGCCAACACUUACAUGGCGAAAAGAUAACUCUCCUGUAGAUUCCUCGAGUGACUCUCGCAUAUCUAUCCUUCCCAAUGGCACAUUACACAUCUCCUGGGUGAAUGGGCCGAGGACAGAGCAGACUGAUGAAGGCAUUUAUCAGUGUGUGGCAUCAUCACCUGGUACUGGCACCAUUAUAUCAACGAGGGCCAGGCUUAGUAUAGUAGGCGGCUGGGAAGAGGAUGCUUUACCUAAGUUCGAGGACCAGCCUCAGGAUAUGACUGUGUUUGAGGGAGAGCGAGCCAGGUUUCCUUGUGAGAUCGAUGGUAAUCCUUCACCAACCAUCAAGUGGUUCAGAAACAGUCAUCCCCUGGAGCAUGACUCGAGGAUGACUCGCCUUCCAUCUGGUGCCUUAGAAAUAGAGAAUGUAGCUACAACUGAUGAUGGUGAAUAUUACUGCCAAGCCACGAGCCUAGACAAAACCAAGGUAUCACAACAAGCCACACUUCAAGUAAAGGAAGCCUUUGCCCUCCGUGAUCCACAAUCUCCUGUGUUCAUAGCUCGACCAAAAUCUGUAGUGGGCACAGUAGGGGCAAACAUUACAUUAGACUGUGCUGCAAAUGGCUACCCAGAGCCGACAGUUGUGUGGCUGAAAGAUGGUGCAACCAUAGAUAUGGCUGACCUGGAUACCCGGUUCUUGUUUUUGGGCACAACAAGAAGCUUACAGAUCAUAGGACUCAAAGAAGAGGAUGGAGGAACUUACAUGUGUCGAGCAGAAAACAGAGAAGAUUCUGUUGAUGCUGUUGCUCAUAUCCAAGUGCAAGUUGCUCCAAAAUUUGUGAGGAAACCUGUGAAUACUAUUGCACAUGAAAAAGAAGAUGUAGAAUUGGGUUGUAAGGUGUAUGGCCUGCCAGAACCAUCUGUCCAUUGGUUGAAAAAUGGCGAAUUGAUAAUUGAGACCGAAUACUUUCAGAUUGUUAGUGGUAAUAACUUGAAAAUUCUUGGUCUGGUGGAGGGAGACUCUGGGAUGUACCAGUGUGUGGCCUACAAUUCUGCCGGGGACACACAAGCUGUGGCUCGGCUCAAUGUCCUAAAAUCAGGAAGGAGCAUGCCAUCAUCCCCCACAGCCACCACAACCAUCACCAGCAUCCUUGAAGGUGUCCCCAAGAGUGGGUCAACACCAGAUGAUGGUAGUGGUGCUGAUGACUCCAUGGAUAUUAUUGGUGGAGGUCAUGCCAUGGCUCCAUCAGCCCCCAGACACCUCCAGGCUAUAAUUGCGAGUAAUAGGUUCAUCACUCUAGCCUGGCAUGAACCUAAGAAAAACAAUGAUCAUAUUGUCGGAUAUUCAGUAUUUUAUAGGCAGGAGGGCUCCCCUAGGGAGCGAGUUCAGAAUGUUAGUGCCAGCUCCUCCAGUGAGGGCUUAGAUGAAUACAAAACACAAAUUAGUCACCUCAUCCCUGGGAGCAACUACUUGGUGCGGGUGGUGGCCCAUACCUCAAAUGAUAUAGUUGGAGCAUCUAGUGACGAGGUGCCUGUAUACACAAAGCCUGAUCUUGACCUACCAUCAGCACCAGAAGAUCUGAAAGUUAUUCCUACCUCACCAACAAGUUUACAGGUCAUCUGGUCAUAUCCACGAGCAAUUAAGACACCCAUUACUGGAUUCACAAUGUAUUAUAUGCAGGUGGGCUCGGCUGAAGAACAUGAAAUAGAGGUCACCGGUACAUCUUAUGAUCUCCAAGGACUCAAUCAGUUUACUGAGUACAGUGUGUGGCUUGUUGCUGUUAAUGCUAAUGGUGCUGGGGAUGCCACCCACGAGGUUACUGCCAGAACAUAUUCUGAUAUGCCUUCAAGAGAACCUCAAAAUGUGACUGUUGAGGCAGCUAGCUCAAGAAGUCUUAUCAUAAGGUGGGAGCCACCCCCAACUGAGCACCAGAAUGGUGUUAUAACAGGUUAUAAGAUCCGUUAUAAGGAGAAAGGGAAAAGUGGCUCCAUCAAGACCAAGACCAAGACCACAGAUGGAAACAGAAGACUCUUUGCUCUGACAGACUUGAAGAAGAGCACUCAAUACUUUAUUAAGUUGGCAGCCCUCACAGUGAAUGGUACAGGGCCAUACACACAUUGGAAUCAAGCUGAGACAUUUGCCAAUGACCUAGAUGAAAAUCGUGUGCCAGAGAAACCUAUCAAUCUGAGGGCUGUUGCCCUGACAGACCAAAUAAGGGUUCGGUGGCAGCCCCCAGCUCUUCAUAAUGUGAUGCUGCGGGGAUACACAAUUGGAUGGGGACGUGGAAUACCUGAUGUUUACUCCAAGAUUGUGGACAACAAACAAAGAAGUUAUGUGAUAGAAGGACUAGAACCAAAUGCUGAAUAUGUUAUCAGUCUUCGUGCUUUUAACAACGUUGGAGAUGGACAGCCAGUGUAUGAACAGGUUCGAACACGACCUCCUGAUGAGGCUGUUGCUGCAACACUGACACCACCCGUAGGUUUAAAGGCUGUAGUCCUCACUCCUUUUACAGUGGCACUCCAGUGGACAGAUACCACACUUAAUCGUAAUCAGUAUAUAAGUGACACAAGAUACUACACAGUUCGAUACACAACAUUUGCUUCGGCUUCAUCAUCCAGCCCUCGAUUUCGAUAUGUUAAUGCCACAGAUGUUACCUGCCUUAUUGACAAUCUCAAGCCUUCCACAAUAUACGAGUUUGCAGUUAAAACUACAAAGGGACGACGUGAAUCUCCGUGGAGUCUUGUAGUUUCCAACAAAACCUUGGAGGCACGGCCAUCUUCUCCACCAAGAGAUGUUACUGUUGUCACUAUCCCUGAUGAGCCUUCUACAACCAUAUUCAAUUGGCAGCCACCAAAACAAAAUAAUGGCAAAAUUACUGGAUACUUGAUAUUCUACACAACAGAUGCAGCAGGUGAUUGGGUAAUGGAAGAAGUACUUGGUGAUCGGAUGACUUUCACAGUUCAUGGAUUGACUCCAUCAACUCUUUACUAUUAUAAAAUGCAGGCACGAAAUGUGAAAGGUUUUGGUCCCUUCUCUUCUGUGGGCAACUUCACCACACUUCCUGCAGUGGGAAAAAGUGUUGGUGAACCACCAGGCUGGUUUGUGGACCGAGGGAGUUUGAUUGUGCUAGUAAUUGCAGGAGUGGCUGGAGCCAUUACUCUUAUAGGGGCUCUUGUAGCUGCAGCAAUCUACUGUCGAAGAGUCAAGCCUCAGCCACGACCCAGUAAUGUAGUUGGCAGCUGCAGCAAGAGUAAUAAACCUGAGGUGCAGCCUCCAGACCUGUGGAUUCAUCAUGAUCAUCUUGAACUUAAGAAUUUUGACAAGGGUGAACGCAGCAGCUCGCCAAAUCAUGCAGCCAUUAUUAACCAUACAGGACCCGAGUAUGAACCCGAUGACAAGAACACGACUUACACUUCCACCUCCACCCUCGACCGCCGUACUCCUUACCAGUCAACCUAUCUCCGUGAUCAGCUGAGUGAAGAUGAAACGGAUAAAUUGUUGAACCGUCGCUCUUUCAAACCCAAACCUCUCAUUAUGUCUUUGGAUGUUUCUAAUGACCUUGUUGGUGGUAGUACAUCUAGUAGUGUUUACAGUGAUGGUACUCUUGGUAGACCAGGUUACUCCAUGCCACAGUUCUCAUCUGCUGCCAGCCAAGGAUACAACUCGCCUGCAGAAAAUCCAUACAGCCCCAAUCCCACCAGUAGUGGUAUGUCUUCAGUGCUCGGGCCAGGUAAUAUGCCUCUUGAGGGGAUGCCUCUGCCACCUCAGCCUGCACAGCCUCUUCUAGGUGGUCUUGGGGGACCUCCUGGUACUUCACAAUACAGUUCUGUGAAUGGUGAAGGGAGCAACACACUGGGCAAGCGGUCUGGCAAUCCCUUACGUAGUUUCAGUGUCCCGGCACCGCCUCAGUCUGCUCCCACCACACCUCAGCCCAAACACAUUGUUGCAGUGCGACCUCAAGGAGUAACAAGUCCUUUCAAGAAGUCUUUAGUUCCUGGAUCAUCUGGUAUGGCCAGCAGUGCUGGUCCAGGUGGACCAUCAGGGCGCUGGGCUGGUCCCACUAUGCGUGUUGACUCUUUACCAGAGCAUGAGGAAGCUAAUGAAGCCCUUCUGCAUGGUUAUUCAACUGAAGAAUUAUCUCAGGAAAUGGCCAAUCUUGAGGGACUAAUGAAGGAUCUUUCAGCAAUCACAGCAAACCAGUUUAACUGCUGAGGUCCACCCUCAUCAUCACUGCCUAUCUUGUACUAUUAUCCAUUUGGCCCUGAAAGUGAAAUUCUCAGUGUAAUUUUGUUGAACAAAAUAUACCUUAGUGUGUAAUUUGGAUACAUGUGAAAUUAUGGAUUCCUUAUAGAAGUUCAAAGAAUGAAAAUACUCUAUACACUGUAUUACAUUUUUUACUUCAGACAUUAGAAGCAUUGCUUUUUAUUUGAUUUGUGAAUAAUGGAGACCUUAAAUAAAAUGCUUCGUAUGUAUUGGAUGUUAAUCAAAUAUUUCUGGGCAGAAUUAAGAAAGGAAUGGCUUGAACUUUAUAUCUGUAGUUUUCCUUAUAUACAAAAUUUACCUGUAUGUGUUUGUGCAACUUUUGGAGUGCAAAAGAAAGAAAAUGGGUUGAAUUUAGGAAUGCAGCCUCCAGAAAUGCUGAACUGUGGUGCUUCCAAUUCUCCUCAGUUAUCAGUUGUCUUCAGCUCUUGUUAAGUCAGUAUUACACUGGGCAACUUCAGAAAAAUUAAUUGAGACUGUUAAAUGUGACUCAAUAAAUUUACCAUAAGACUUUUUACAAAAGAAUUGGGAAAACUAAGGGGCAGGUCCUUAGUAUUGACUCUUGUUCUUUUUAAUAUUUAAAAAAAAAUAAUCUAGAUUAAUUUAUUCAUAAGUUUAAUUUCAUCUUUUUGUAAUUAGUAACAAAAUUAUUUGAUAUGCUGUUACUGAAUAAUAUAUAGUACAAAGUUUUGAUAUGGACAUAUGAUUAGAAUUGCAGUGUAACCCAUUUCCAUUUGACUGUCAUGAAAGUGUGUGGCCAGUCUACCAGUGUCAAAAUACUCAAAAAUCCUCCAUAAUUUGUCAAAAUUUUGCUAUUUUGAAAAUUCCAGUCCUCAAACCUUAUUUCAACCUUUUCUGAAUCAUAACAAUAACUUUACACUUUUGGGUUAAGAUAGGCGCUCACCUCACGAGAUGAUAAUUAUACAUAAUGAGUCAUAGCAAGCUUGCUAUUUGAGAUAAAAAGGUGGGAUUUAUUGCAUUAGCAUUAUCUACAAACAGUUUUAUGUGAGUAAUCAGUAACUAAUCUCCAUAAAAUUAUUACAGUAUUUCUAUAUGUAAGGGCGAGUAGAAAGCAUCAGGAGGCACCCCGCAAUCACCACACGGUGCAAUCUCCUUGCACUUUCUACAUUUUCCCAUCCCUCCGCCCUCACCAACAACACAAGAUAUGGUUCAAAACUCUCACAACACUGUUUUGAAUAAAUUAAAAUAUUUUGAUGAACGGGAAAUCAGCACAAACCGCUAGAAAAUGUGUGGGAAAUGUGGGUCAAGGUUAUAUCCUGCAUCAUAGAACACAAAGGGAGGGCAGUCUACAUAGUUCCCAGAUCACGCCGACGUCAAAUGAGCAUCUUGCAUAUCUAGCGUUCAUAGGCAGAUGUAAAUAAAUGUUUUAUUUAAAAUUUUUAAUUCAUACGCAACUUUGCAGAUGACAACCCUAGAGCGAUAAUUUAUAUCAUACGCAAUUUUGCGCAGGGAAACCCCAAGAGUGUUAGGAAAUGGCUGUGUGACAUGUAUUGACUCCAUCAGUUAGCAGAUGUACAUUCUGUAACUCCAACAUACUUUUUGAGUUCUACAUUUUGAAAGCCUAAAGUGUUUCAUAAUGUCUUCCAGUGAAGGUCUUGGCAGUUCUACAGGAGCUGUUAAGGAAACUUUGUUGAAUACAAGAACAAAAUACAAAAGUUUGUUGAUUGCUUUUAAGUUGAGGGUAUUGGAUAUGAUUGAAUGGCAUAUCCAUCACACAGGUUUAUGGGGAGUUCAAGAUAAGCACAAGUACAGUACAUUUUAUGGUUAUACUAAUGAAACUUAAGGAUACAGAAGUCUCAGUGAAGAAAGUGUUUAGUAUCACCACUGUUUUGUUCCAAUAUCAUAAAAGCCUGCGGGUUAUGAGGUAUAAUGUAUUCUUUUAAAAUUUCGAGUUGGCUUUAAGAUAUUUUUUAUCUUUUCCCUUAUUGUGCCAAUAAUAUUUAAUUUGAUUUUGUGCAUCUUAUACCGUACACUUGGUGUAAAUAUAUUUAUAUAUUUUUUUUAUUUUACAAAAGUUUUGGAACAUCUAAUUUGUAUAAUUAAUUAUUUUACACAAUUAGCUUGGGUUAGGUAAGUUAUGUUAGGAUUGGUUGACUCAUGUCAUCUUUAAUAAUGGCUUAGUGUCAUAUUCGAAAGGCUGCCAUUUGAAAAAUGUAAACUUAAAAAACUUUUAUUUUCCAAUUUUUAUUAUGUAUUUCGGGAAUACGUAAUUAUAAAUUAAAAUCAAACAAUACUGUAUGGAAAAAAAUUGCAAAAUUAACAAUGUCUAUGAAAUUGAAUUACAGCUAUUAAAAAAAUUUCUGAAUUUGAAUUAUAGCUUUUAAGAAUUGAGAAAAAUAUUAAUAACUGACAAUUGCAUAACUUAUAAUCGUUCAAUUAGUGGCAAUGUUCAACACUGUUCAUUGAGUUCAUUUGAAAAUCAUUUACUUCCAAAUAUUAGUUUUUCAAUUUACAACCCAUCACUUGUAAUACUCCUGUACUGUGUUGAGAACAUAACAAAAACCUUUAUUUGUUACAAAGGAGGUUAAAUAUUAUAUGUAUGUACCUUGAACCUAACCUACCUUAUUUACUGAGCUAAAUCACUGUUUUAUCUCAUUAACAAUUACUAAAAAAUAGAGCGUCAACUUAAUUGGUGGUGGCGUAUACAAUUCAUGGUUAACCUUGAGUUUGAAUUUUUCUUAUCUCAGCAAGGUUAGAGCUUCUGUUAUUAUGGAUUAUGAAGGCUUUAUUCUUACCAUUGUUCCUCUCUCUUGGUUAACAUUGACUAAAGUGAAAGGUUCAUGAUAUUUUAGUACCGGUACAAACACUUGAGCUUAAAAUAAACAGAAAUGUGACAAGUAUGGCAGAAUAGGAGGAUAUAAGUUGUCUUCAAGAAGGAUGGUAUUUUGUACCACAGAAGUUUACUGAAAGUGUUCUUAACUUUGACUAUAUAUUUUUCUUAAUUGUAAACUUUAUUCAUUUGCAUAGAAUCUGAAAUUACUGUACAAAACAUUUGAAAUGUAGCUUUUGUGGUGUUUCAAAGAAAAUUUAAAUGCUGAGUUGAGGAAAAUGAUGUUCAUUUUCCUGUAUAUAGUAACUAAAAAAAAAUUUUAAGAAAUUUUUAGGCAUCUGAAGGCAAUUGGAUUUCUAUUUUUCAGUUAGUUGCUCAGUGUGAUAACUCCUGUACACUACAGACUUAGGAAAUAUUUAAUUGUAAAUUGUACAAUUAGGGUGACCUAAGGUUGAGAUGCAACAAGAGUAUAGUGGUGGGAUAUGCUAUAAUUAAUCACUCCACCCAGGUGAUAGUUUUAAUUUUUCGAUGUUAGAUUUUUUAUUCAUUUGGAUUUGAAUGAAAUAUGUGAUGAAGAUGAAUGACUCAUUAUUUUAUACUGUGAGGGUGGCUGAGUGUUGCCUAGUCAGUGUUGUCAUGAUGAACUCAGCAUGUAAACUGUGGUCAUAAACAGUGAAUAAUUAGUACAGCUUUGCAGUGCUUCUUUCCAGGAAAAAGACAAGAGAAGUAAAUUUAUUGCUUCACGAAAAUGAACUUAAAAAAAAAUGAGUAAAUGAAAGAGGUAAUCUUACAGUCAAUGACUUAAACUGAUACAUUGCCAGCUUGAUGUUAAUGGAAAGUUACUUGCUGUAGCAGUUCAGGUCUCUGUGCUCAAUCACACUGAAUCUAUUUGAUUUGGUCAGCAAUUGACGAGUUACGGAGCUUUCUCCGUAGUCUAGUGUUUCUAGGAAGUGGGGGAAAUGCCUCAUAUUAUGGAGUUGUACUCAUUGAAGUAAAUAAAUGCAUUUUAACAGUAGCAAUCAGUGCACUUCAGUAUUCUAAAUUUGCUCUCCUCAUAUGCUUUUAAUCUCAAAUGAUUGCAUACUGUAUUUGGAUUGUCAACAAAGAAUGAACCUUUCAAAUAGGGUGCAAGUCUUGAAAUCUCCAAGACUCGUUUCUUGCUGGUCUCUUCACAUGUGUUCUUGUCUGUGCACUGUGUGUGUGUACAGACUAGAUGUGCAUUUAUUGUUUAGAGUAAUUUUAAGAACUUUUGUAAUGCAAAUUCCCCCACUACACCCAGGUUUCCUUCCAAAUUUUACUUAUUAUUUAGUGACAGUAAAUAGAGGUCCUCUUAUAAUGGGAGUAGAUUGUUAGUUUUAUAUGACACUAUUUUUUCUCUGUGACAAUUACAAUAAUUGUUAAAGAGAAAAUUAUAUGUCUACAGCAGAGGUUACUUUUGUAUAAUUAGAAGUUUUUAUUUGAGGGGACAUUUCACUGAAAUUUUGUAGAUGGAAUGUUAAUUUAUUGAACUAAAGCUUGGAAUAUUUCCAAACUAAUUUUGUAAUUUUUUUAUUCAAUGUGGUAUGGAGUUUUCUGGUAAACAACAGAAAUUACUCCCGACUGGAUUAUGAUAGCUCUAGUUGCACAAAAUUGUCAUGAACAAUUGUGCAAUGAAACUUUAUACAGUACUUGUAUCUAUCAUCAUGGAUCUAUGUUAUAAUUUAUCAUUGUCAUGCCCAUUCUCAUAUCAUAAUGAUCAUUUUCAUAUCUUAUCAUUCCCAUAACUUACAAAUCCAUGCAUUUAAUUUGUAUUUUUACUUUACUAAAUGUAAUGUGAAAUAACAACUGUCAAUACAUGACUGAAGUACAGCAUUGAGACUUGUUGAACUUAACUGAAAUAGUCUAGUAGAUUACAUGAUAAAUUGUUCAUCAUUGUAUUCUUAAUGUAGUAUAGUAUAUAUUACCUGAUUUCCAAUAUAGUAGUCAUAAUUAACAAAUGCAUUGGCUGUUAUUUGGCAAAUAUUAAGUGAAUUCCAGUUGUUGAGAAUUCAUUUUAUAAUAAAUAAUAAUUUUUUUCACGUGGAUGUCAUAUUUGAUAUUUAUGUGACUCCAUUAUAAACAAAUCACAAUUCCUGAAAGUUAUAAUAUUGCAUUAAGUUGAUUUCAUUAAAUGUUUAUCCCAAAUUUUGAAUCAUGAACGAGAAGCUGAAGAUAAUAUUUCACUAUCAUACAAGUUUGCAAUAUCUGUUCUCAGUCAUUUCAUCAUAUGGAGGAAUUCCCAUAAACACGUUUAACAUGAUAGAAUAUGCAUUUUAUAUAAAUGCUCAAGUAACUACUGAUUUUAAUCUUUGUAAGAUCAAAUUUUUAAUACCACUUGCCAUGUAAAUAAAAUUUAAUUUUCAAUAACUUUAUAAAUGAUUGAUAGAAUUCAAUGCUCAUUUUGUACAGUUGUGUUGUCAGGUGUGUGGUUUGUAGGGUUAAGUGGCUGGGGUAUAAUUUUUUUUUUAAUAUAAUAAUAGGGAUCAUUUAUAGGGGAAAUUUAUAAAUUAAUGAUACAGUACAUGCUCCGUGUUACACAACACUUAUAUUUUCAAAUUCAGGUAAAUAAAUUGGGGAACAUGAAAAGCUAAUGCACAGUAAUUCAUUUUGGACAACUACAAGAGAGCUAGACAUGCAGAAUCAGUUGUAAACACUGCAAUUAUAUGUAUCUUUGUACAGUAGCUAAACAAACUAUCUGUGCAUACUUUGUGGGAAACAAUAUGAGACCACAAACGAUAAAUUUUGGUAUAUGAGGGCUGUCACUAGUCACACGUAAAAUUUCGGAGCAUAUUGACCCCCACUUGCACAGAUACUGUAGUUGUUUUAGCUAUUGUACAUACUGUACUGAAUUCACCCAACACUAUUGCAACAGAACUUUCUUUUUUAAACUUUCCACUUUAGUUUACUAUGUCUCAAGAUCAAUGAAUAUGAGAGUAAGGAACAUUACUUAAAUUGGUAAAGUAUUAUCAUCAAUUAUUGUAUUUCUCAGCCACUGAAUCCUGACAAACAAAUUCCUUCCAAGAAUUCUCUUGUAAAAAUAGUCACUCAAAAUGUUCUCAAUAAACUGAGAUGUAUUUGU